AAGAAAGUGACGAGCAAGUAUUUACUAAGUUCAGAUCCAGGUUCAGUCAUAUCAACACAAGUGUUAGGAGCUACCAAACCCAAUGAGAUAAAAUUUGAGCAAACCAAGAAGGGAGGGCAGACAUUUAAUGGGCAGCAGAUGGAAGAGCGAUCAUCAAUCUGAAGACACAGCCCACAACAGAAGCAAGAGACCUUUAUAAAUCAGCAAACAGAGAGAGCAUCUUGCACAUCACAUUGGAUACAUCAAGAGGUGGAGAAGAUGUCUAAGCCAGCUCUUGCGCCUCUCCUAAUGUUGGUGCUGUGGUUGCUGAUGGUCCCUCCUCAGGCCACGGCUUGUCCUUCGGACGGCGGUGCGUGCCGAGACUGCAUCGUGGACCAGCUGAGCCACUGUUGCCCAUCGUGUGGGCCGGUUCUCCGCUGCAUGGGGCGGUGCUUGUGGGGCGGGUCGUCGCAAGUCCAAUGCACAAGGAGGUGCAACUGCGACGGCGGGACGCCGAAACUGUCCAAUUGCAAGAAAUGCAUGUCCAAGUGCAAGUGCAGCUGUAUGGCCUAGACUUCAUAGCUUACCAGAGUUUUGUUGCUGUGGGUUCUGAAGAGAGGAACUGGGGCUUUAUAUUGUGUAAAUUCUGGUCUCUCUUGAGAAAUCUUUGGCACUUGGUUUCUGACACAUUGGAGUUCAACCUCUGAUUCUUUUCAGCCAAAAAUAGGUGCUUCUGCAUCUGAAAUUGCUAAUCCUAAACGAAAUAUGGAGGCAUACCAGAAUCUGCUAGUUCAAAUCAGAUGAAUUAGCAUAGGAAAGAUGUCCAGGAAACUAAAGACCAAGUGACUCGAUUUCAUUUAAAUGUAAAUCAAGUAUAUAU